CAUUUUUGUAAUUAUACCAGCCUUGCGUCUUUUUCCCCCAACGCUCCUCCUCGAUUCUCGAUCCGCUUAACCCCGCCUCACCAUCUCCUCUCCUCGCCUCUCAUCCUCACCACAGAGCCGCAUCAUCACCAUGGCCGAUAGCAGCAGUCGAGAUCCCCGAUCGGCCCCCGUUAGCCGCCGCAAUUCGCCUCGUGGAAUCUUUGCCCCCGAGAUUGUCGACCUUUUCCUCCCUCCUCUCAAAGUAGGCGGCUGGUCUGGAACUGCCGGUGUGUUAGCUGGUGUCGGAGGCUCUAUCUUUAAAGAAGGCAACCCCGUAAUCUGGGGUGCAGUUUCCGGGUUUCAGUGGUUCACUCUUGGAACCAGCUUCUGGUUCACAAGGAGCAUCAUGAUUCAAGCAUGGGGUGGUGAAAAACAGGUCACGCCCUCUGAAAAAACCAAGGCCAGCGCGAUUGCUGGUACAGUGGCUGGCGCAGUGGGAGGCUUAAUUCGCGGGCCAUCGAACAUCCUCCCGGCCGUAGUUUGCUGGACAGCUUUUGGUGCCGGAGGGCAGAUGAUUGUGAAUCGCAUGGCGACGCGCGAGCCCAAAGUCAAAGACGAGAACGACAGCUGGUUCCGAUCUAAAUGGAGCCCUCUCAAGAAACUUACAGACGCAGAAUACAUCGACUUGAUGGAGGAGAAAAUUUUGAGGGUAGACGCCGACAUUGCGCUUGUUGAUGAUCGCAUUGCUGAUCUAAGGAUUGCGGAGAAGAAAGCCCAGGAGCAGACAUGACCAGAUACCCCGUCUUCCUGAUAGACAAAAAUACUUACCAUGCAAAGCACGCGGGGAACUUAUCGUCCUGUUUUCCCCCGGAGAUCCAUAUCAACGGUAAAAAUCGAGGGGGGAGAUCCUUGACGUCUCAUUGGUGACUGUUGGGUAUGUAAAAAAGCGGCUGCAGUGGCUCUGUCCAAAUGCCAUGUGCCACGCAUCGGCACAUGAAGUACGCACUGGACUCCCGGAUGAUUACUAGUAGCUGCGUA